AUGGCUGCCUUCCUGGCAGAAGUUCCUUUUGUCGCAGAUGGUGAGUUCGCCAUGGGGAUGGAAUUCAGUUCUAGGGAAGCUGUUAUUAAGGCGAUGAAGGAGUAUACCCUCCGAAGAUCUGUAGACUACCGUGUGUAUGAGUCGGAGUCGUUGACAUUUUAUGCGAAGUGUACACAGUACGGGUCAGGGUGUGAUUGGCUUAUCAGAGUUAGCAUGAUCAGCAGAAAGCACUGUUGGGUUAUUAGGAGGUACAACGGCAGUCACACUUGUACCAGAGCAACCAUUUCUCAGGAUCAUUCGGAGCUGGAUUCAGAUACGAUUGCCGAAGCCAUAAAGCCGUUGAUUGAGGCUGACCCCUCUUUAAAGGUAAAAUCAGUUAUUGCAGAAGUGCAGUUGAAGUUCAACUACACCGUCAGCUAUCGGAAAGCAUGGUUGGCAAAGCAAAAGUCAGUUGAGAAGAUAUUUGGAGGUUGGGAAGCAUCCUACGAAGCGUUGCCCAUAUGGUUCGAGGCCAUGUGUCAUAAGGAGCCAUCAACUGUCGUACAUUUUGAGACUAUGCCUGCAUAUCAAGGGGAUGACUUGGUAAGUGAUAUCCGGGUAUUGCAUCGAGUCUUUUGGAGCUAUUACCCCUACAUUAGAGCGUUCAGACACUGUAAGCCAGUUGUCCAGGUGGACGGGACUCACUUGUACGGAAAGUACAAUGGUUGCUUAUUAGUGGCCGUUUCGUAG